AUGCACUCCUCUCGCCCCAUCCGCUCCUCCCCUCUCGCCGGGCCCUCCAUCGCCCCCUCAUCCAACAACCCCAGCCUGCUCGGCGUGCGCAGCGCGCCUCCCACCCCCGGCUGCGGCCCGCGACACCUCUCCCCGCUCGCCGAAUUCUCGAUCGUCCCACUCCCAACGGACGACGACGAAGAGGAGGGCUCCGGCGCCAAGAAGCAGAAGCGCCGUCGCUCGCUCGGCGUUGUGCUCACCAAGCUGAGUUUCCCGUCGUCCUCUACCUCGCACGCCCCCGCCGCGCAAGAGCCCGCCGCCGCCGCCUCGCCGCGGCGCCGCACGAAGAGCGCGUCGGCACGCACCGCCGACGUCCCGUCCGUCCCGCCCGUCCCCGCGUGGGCGCAGCAACCAGGUCGCAGCGGCUCCCCCUCGCCGUCCGCGCGCGCUUCGUCCCCACUCCCGUCGCCCCCACGCAUCCCUUCGGCCCGCGGGAGUCCCGCGUCGUCCCGCGCGUCGUCGCCCACGCCGAGCACCGCGUCCGCGUCGCGCCGGAGCGUCCACAGCACCCGGUCCGUGCGGAGCGUGCACGACCCGAGCUUGCUCGUGGCCCACAAGGGCGGCGGCGCGGAGGAUAACUGGAUGACGCAGGUCGCCGCACCGCGCUUCUCGCGCCUCGGGCUCAAGGCCGAGGGCGUGGUCAUGCCGGUGCGCGCGGCAGACCACAAGCGGCGGUCGGCCGUGCCCCCGCAGGCCGGCGCGUCGAAGAGCAUGGACGGUGUGCGUGCGCUACCGCCCUCCCUCCCGCCCUCCGUCCUGCCCUCCAGAUCCCCAUCCCGCACGACCGCGCCGAGUCCGCACGCGCGCGUCCCGUCGGCCCCCGCAUCGAUGCCGUCGCCCGCGCCUGCGCGUUGCCAGUCGUCGUCAUCGUCCUCGUCUUCGUCGUACGGCCAGCCCCCGCGCCCCCCAGCACGCCGCCGGUCGCCGUCCAGCACGAGCGCGGCGUCGCUCGACCUCGACACCCCCGAGCUCUCGAUGAGCCCCGGCGCGUCCGCGUCGGACGUCUCCCUCCCGGACAGCGCGCUCACGGAGGUGGGCGUGCUCGCCCACCCACCCCCAGUCCCUCCGCUGCCACCGCUGCACGUCCUCGCACGCGCGCGGACGGCAUCGCAGGGGAGCGUCGCGUUCCCGGACGACUACGACCUCGGCCCCGCGCACGGACACGCGCAGAAGCCGGCCACGAAGGCGCGGGGCGUCGCGGUGGACGUGCGGAGCGUGGCGUCGAUGGGUUCGAUCGGAUCCCUCGGGUCGGUCGGGAGCUCGGUGGGCACGACGGGGUCGCUGGGCACGGUGGGGUCGUGGGGGACGACGGGGUCGGUCGGGAGCGCGCCGAGCCCGGUGCUGCGGCGCGCGGCGCGGUCGAGCUCGGCGCUCAACCCGGCGCACGGCCGCCCGUCCGCGCACGCGGGCGCGGCGGAGGACUGGCACGUGUACGGCGACAAGGGGGAGGGCGACGCGGAGGUGGGGGGCUCGGGGCAGAAGCGGUCAAGGUCGAUCGGGCGGGUGUGGAAGUCGGUGGUGCGGAGGGUGUCGAUGGUGCGGCGGUCGAAGACGGCGCGGGUCUGA